AUGGCAAAACAAAAUUUGCCAUUAACAGUGGUGAGACCCAAAAAUGUCCGGGAUGCGUUUUACAGUUCGAAAAUUCGUAAAAACCCAUCGGAUUUAUCCAGCAAGGACAGUAAAAAUAUGCAGGAAUUUUUUCCAACUAUGACCAAAAAUAUUCAUAAAAAGAGCACCUUCAUAAGUGAUUACCUUUUCGCUUUAUUUUUAGAUUUUGAAUCCUCAGACAGCCCCAGUGAAAUAUCAUGGAGUGACACAGCCGCGGACUCGGUAGCGGAAAUCCGCAACAUGUUGCGUAAUUCCACAACAUGUUGCGGAAAGACGCAACAUGAUAGCAGUGUAUUUGACCUUGUGUCUCACCGCCAGCAGAUUUUAUUGAGCUCCGUUGAUGAAGCACUGCUAUUUAUUAAAGAAUUAUCAUUACGGUAUUCUGAAAAGCGGCGAAAAGAUCUCAAUAUGACAGAUCCUGAACUUCAUGAAAAAAUGGCAAAGCUGGAAAACUAUCGAUGCAAGCAAUACAUCUAA